UGCUAUCGAUCUCCGCUAUUUACCACAGUUCAAACCUCUGCGUCGCUAGCCCACCCACCGCACCAUUUCCUCCCUCCAAUCAUUUCUCCUCCUCCUCCUCCUCCUUGCUUCCAACCUUCUUCGUACGGCUGAAUCCCAACCGCCCUCCUGCGGUGCCAGCGGACGCGAAGGGCGAGCGAGGCGAGCUGCCUGGUAGCCGAAGCCAGGGGUCUAGGGUUGUCGUUCUACGCCUUCGGUUUCCUGCUUCGGCCAGGAAUGAUGUGAUUCGCGGCUUCGAAUUGAGAUCCGCGCCUCGCAUUUGUGUUUCUGAUAUGGUUUCGGCGCGGCUUUGAUGCGGGUUUCGAUCCUGAGAGGCUAGUGCGAGAGAGUGGAGAGUUUUCCGGCCUCGAUCUGGUGUAGGGAGUUAGGGUUCCGGCGUAUGAAUUAUUACUCGCAGAUGAGCUCGUGAAAGGGAAUUAGGUCUCUUUUUUGUCUGAUGUGUUUUUUUGAAGUUUGAGGCUGGGAUGUUGAGGGAGAUCGAGAAGUGAACGUUUGGGGGAAAGUUGGGCUUUACGGGGAUAUUUGGUAUUCCGUCUUGUUGCGGUGGGAUUACAUGGGGAAUAAGAUAGGGAGGAAGAGGCAGGUUGUGGAUGAACAGUAUACUAGGCCGCAGGGACUUUACCAACAUCGUGGCAUUGACCAGAAGAAGUUGAGGAAACUCAUACUCGAAUCCAAGUUGGCGCCUUGCUACCCUGGGUGCGACGAAUACGCUCUUGAUCUGGAAGAGUGUCCCAUCUGCUUCUGGUAUUAUCCCAGUCUUAAUCGGUCAAGGUGUUGCAUGAAAGAGAUAUGCACAGAGUGCUUCCUUCAAAUGAAGCCACCAAAUGUAACUCGGCCAACACUGUGUCCAUUUUGCAAAACCUCAAAUUAUGCAGUCGAAUACCAUGGUAUGAAGACAAAAGAGGAGAAGGGGAUGGAAGAAGUUGAAGAGCAGAAAGUCAUUGAAGCAAAAAUAAGGAUUCAACAGCAGGAAAUUCAAGAUGAAGGAAAAAGACUGAAGAAACGACAAGAUACAAGUUCAUCUAGAAGAAUGAUCAGCGCAGAGGGUGAAAUUCAAGAUGAAGCAAAAAGGUUAAAGAAAAGACAAGAUUCAUGUUCGUCAAGCAAAACAAUUGAUCCAACAGAUGACUACUGUAACAUAGCUGUACCAUCUUUUAAACUAUCUACACAAACUAGUGAAAUCUUUCCAUCUCAAGCCUCAUGCUCUGUGCCAGCACCUUCAAACUCUAGAAACAGGACUGGCAAUUUUGACAUGGAUUUUGAUGAUAUGAAUAUGAUGGUCAUGGAAGCAAUCUGCCUUUCGAUUCAGGAACAUGGUUAUCAUGGAUAUCCAGCUUAUUUUGGCGACUUCUUUCCUGGACCAUCUUUUUCAGAGGAAUCCUACCAUUCCCAUGGAAUAGUUCCAGAAGUAUCUUCCUAUGGAGGGUUAGCUUGUGCAGCUGCAGUAACCGAGCAUCAGCCUGUUAAUGCCUUGUCCGCUUCUAAUAUGCCGAGCAGUAGUACCUCAGUAUUUGACAUGAUUCACCGGUCAGGCAACUUAUCUGCUGAAAAUACACGGUUCGUGCAGACUAAUUCUUCAGUACAUUGGUCUGACAUACCUCCUCAAAUUGAGAGGGAAGUACAAAGAUGGGAUUUGGGCGAGUGUUCAAGCUGUUACUGGUCUGAUAUGGCCGAGGCAGGGACCAGCUAUACUGGUUCUCAUGCUAUGGUGGAUACAGAAAAUGCAUUGAUCCCAUACCCAGAUCGAGCUUUAAUGAAUCAAGGAUACUUUGUUCCAGAGAGUUUUGAAGAGCAAAUGAUGAUAGCCAUGUCAGUUUCGCUUGCAGAUGCACAAGGAUGGAUGAAUACACAACAAGAACUUAUGUGGCUGUAGUGAUGAUGAUUGGAAGAAGGAAAUGUCCUCUUUUUUGGCUUCUCUAGCCCUCCCCCUUUUGUUUUAUUCUUCUCAAUUGGUUUUAUUGUUCUUUCAUUGUUGGUUUCCACUACACUUUAUCAAGAAAAUGGUGAAAAAAGAAAAAAAAAAGAAAAGAAGCAUGAAGCCCAUGACACUUUUGAUUAAUGUGGAGGAAGAAAUCACAUAGAAUUCUUAGGCUAUUAGAGGGUGAAAUAAUGGGAUAUUUUCUUUCAUAGGGCUUGAAGUUAAAUGAUAUUCCUGGUGACAGACUUAACCAGA